AUGUGGGCGUACAAGGUGGUGGUACUGGGCUCGUGGGGCGUGGGCAAGUCCGCCCUCACCGUGCAGCUCGUGACCGGCACCUUCAUCGAGAAGUACGACCCCACCAUCAAGGACUUCUACCGCAAGGAGAUCGAGGUGGACUCGUUGCCGUCAGUGCUGGAGAUCCUGGACACGGCGGGCACUGAGCAGUUAGCGUCCAUGCAGGACCUGUACAUCAAGAACGGCCAGGGGUACAGCCUGGUCAACCAGCAGAGCUUCCAGGACAUCAAGCCCAUGCAGGACCAGAUCAUCCGCGUGAAGCGAUACGAGAAAGUGCCAGUCAUCCUGGUUGGGAACAAGGUGGACCUGGAGAGCGAGAGAGAAGUGUCCUCCAACGAAGGCCUAACUCUGGCCGAAGAGUGGGGCUGUCCUUUCAUGGAGACGUCCGCGAAGAGCAAAACAAUGGUGGGCGAACUGUUUGCAGAAACUGUGAGGCAGAUGAACUACGCUACUCAGCCUGACACAGAUGACCCAUGCUGUUCAGCCUGUAACAUACAAUAG